CCAAAAAUACGACAAUUAUUUGAAAAUCGCAUGGUUAUGGGGCGGUUUUGAAAACCGCUUGGGUUUGGAGCGGUUUGGUCUAAAAUCGCCCCCUACCCAGCGGUUUGGUCCAAACUUUAUUUUCCGAUCAACUCCUAACUUAAGCUGAAACUUCAAACGAACGUAACUUUGCACUCGGGUAUCCGAUCGCUGCGAAAAAUUUUCUAUUCCACAUAACUUUUCAAGAUCCUAGGAAGGUAUUGUCACGACCGAGGCUCUAGAGUCGGGAAAGAUUGUUGGAGGUCGAUCGAGACAUUCCAUAGCAAAGACGCGGCGAGGGCGUCGUGAGAAUAGGUGAGGGAGAAUGUCGCGUCGCGGGGUGACAUGGCGAGUGAUGUGGCGGGUCAUGAUCGAGUUAAGCACGUGUGGCGUUAUAGAAGACCUAGUAGCAUAGGAUGCUCCCAGGAUUUCUCAUCUUAAAGAUGAGUUUAAUAGUGCACAUAAAGAGCCACAGUAUGAGGUUGUAUAAUGGUGUGCAUUAUGGGGGACAAUUAAAAGGGUGUAGUAAUGGGGAAGAACAUUAUGAGGGAUAUUAGCACCUUGUAAGAGAGGAGGGCCUAUAUAAGGAACACAUCCUCCUCAUUUUGUAAUCAUCCAUCAUUUUAUGAGCAAUACACUCAAGAGAAUUUCUCUCAUCUUCUUGUAUUCUUCUUCUUGUGAGUUGAGUGAGUUUGAGUGAGUGAGAAGGGUGACUUAGCAUCCCUAACAAAAUUGAGAGUUAAGGUUGCACGAUCGAGAUUUAGGCCCGUGACAAUCGGUAUCAAAACAUGGUUCUAAAGAAGAAUCGGUGUCCUUGCUCCCCAAGAAGGAAGAAGAGAAGAAAGACCUAGAGCCCCACCAAUAGGGGUGGGCAUUCGGUCGGUUCGGUUCAAACUGAACCAAACAGAUGAUUACCGAGUCCCCAAAGUAGUUCAAGGAGCAAACCAAGUUCGAACCGAAAUAUAUCUCGGUUCGAUUCGAUUUUGAGACUCCACCCGAAAUUGCAGAAUCCACUCUCGGUCUCUCUCCCUCCCCCACUUACCAUUAUCCCCCACUUAUCAUUUCUACCCAUAACAAGUUUUCUCUCUCUCUCUCUCUCUUUCUCUCUCUCUCCUAAGAGCACAAAGAAGCAUCGGUUUCUCCUCCCAUAUCUGGACUCGGCGGCAACGGCGAUUGACGGAGAUUACAACUCAGUGGGUAGGCGACGAUGGCGAUUAACGGAGAGAACAACCCAUCGGCGACAGCGACGGUGACGAUUGACAUCGAUGAUUGUGACGACUCCGACGAAGAAGGGAAGCGAAGGAGUCGAGCAGGUCUUGGGUUGGCGAUGGCGUCGAGCACUGCAGAUCCCGGGUUGGGAUGAUGGCGUCGAGCAGAUCCUGGGUUGGGGCGAUGGUGUCGGCCGUCGGAGCUGGCAAAUCUUGUAUUCCACCGGUGAGAGUUUUGGUAGGUGGGUCGGCUGGGGGAGGGAGCAGAGCUGAGAAUUUUGGUUGUUGGGUCGGCUGGGGGAGAGAAUGAAGCAGGAGAUGGUGGUCACAGUGAUGUUGGAGGUGGGCAGAUAUUGGGCUAGGGUUUCACAAGAGUUGUGUGGGUUUGGGGUUGUCAGUUGUGGGCUUUGGGUUUGGGUUGUGCAUUAUAAGUGUAUGUUCGGUUGGUCGGUUCAGUAUUCGGAAAUCGGGUUCAGUCCGACAGACCCUGAUUUCCGAAAUAUUAAGUUUUGACUUCCGAAUUCCGAACCGGAUAAGGAUAGUUCAGUUUUGGUUCGUAUCAAUUCGGUUUCGGCCCGGAUUGGUUCGGGCUUACCGAACUGGAUGCCCACCCCUACCCACCAACGAUGGCGGGAUCAGAAGCUCACAAUAGGGUGGACCUUGCGAGGAACCCACGGUCGACGUCUGCUAUUGAGAGGAAAAGUUAGGGUGGACCUUGCGAGGAACACAAUUUAGAAAAUGCCCCACAAAUACACUAAUGUCGGUGAUAUGGUCGCCACCCCCGAGCGCACUGUUGCCGAUAAUAUAGAUGUUGCCUCCGUACAGAGAAUUCAACUCCUUCGUCCCCCGAACGCACUCCUCCUGGUUGUUUUCCUCUUGCAGCUGAGUUUGGUGAAGAGCGAAUAGGUGGCGUAGCAACUUCCAGGGCGAAGUCGACAGCCGACACCCGCUAUUUUGAGUAGAAGAAGCAGGGGAUUAUUCCGUUUGCGGUGGAAUUGGGUGGUGGGCGAUUAGAGAUUGCGGCGAUAACGAAACUGUGAUGGCUAGUGAAAAAUUUGAAGUGGCCACGAAACUUUCUGCGUGUGUGAAGUGAAGUUUGGUUGUGUGUGUGAAGUGAAGUUUCCUAGGGCUGCAUUUGAGUUUUUGGAUCCUUCCUUUCAGUUGUAUACCUACAGUCCAAAACGACGUCGUUUUGGGGAGGAUACUACGAGAUCCAUCCUCACUCGUUGUCCGCUACUGUCAGGUUUCGGGCAUACCCAAAUCCGCCCGUUAGCCAUGACGGACGGUUAUUUUGACCCCGUCUAGGGUACUUUUGGAUGGGUACCGGACAGGUCAAGCAGGGUUGCCAUCCCUAUCUGACAUGAUUGAACCCAACAAUAAUGAGAUUAUAUUGGG